UCUGUCAUUCAAGCAAGGUCAUUGCCGUCAACGUCAAACGUGUCAUGGUGGUGUUGAUCUUGCUUACGGUAGCGGUAGUUACUUUGUUUUAUUAACAUUGUGAUCAUGUUGUACUUGUAAUAACAAUUGUAAUGUGGAAAUAACAAACUUAUGUGAAUAAUUUAUUCCGAGAAAAUUUUCUUGGGUCAAAAUUAAUUGUUAUCAAUCAUAUUGUAAUGAAAUUAUAACUUAAAAUGUCUUCUGUUCAAGAUAUUUCGUCGGACAAUAAUGUUGCACUCGCAGGACCGUCUACAUCCACGUCGCUAACUUCACCAACAAGUGUAGAAGAGAUUAAUACCUUUACCACAUCUUUAAAAAUUACAGAUGAUUCAUUGUUAACUAACCAGAAAGACGGUGUAAAUGAUACCAAACUACCUUCUCAAGCAUUUGUAAAUUCAACUGUUAGUGAAGUCUCAUCAGAAUGUGAAAAUUUAAAUUUGAACGUUUCAAAUGCAGAGAAUAGUCCUAGCAGAACAACUGGAACAACAAAGAGAAAAAAUGCAAAGAAAAAAGAAAAGCUAAAACAGUUAAAAAUGCAGUCUGCACCGAAUCCUGUACAACAUGAGUUUUUAACAAGUACUGUUCAAGAUUUCUUUAGAACCCAAGUAACUCCUUUGUAUGCUCCUACUAGUAGUCGAUAUUUAGAGAAUAUGAGUCACCAUCCACAGUAUAAAUAUGCAAAUGGUCCUAUACAUUUACCUGGAAGUGUGCCUACUACACCAAUAUCUCAUUGGGCCCAGGCGUCUGGUUCUGCAAGUGUUCCAAGUUCACCAUUUACUGGAAGAGAACCAACAACACCUAGGUAUAUACAAAAUGUAUUACAACAUCCUUUGUUGAACAGGUCUCUUUCUGAAAAUCAUGAAGCAACUCAGUAUAAUGUAGCUCAUCAAAAUGUCUUGAGAAAUUUAAUUCCUAUACAUAAGCCUUAUGCCAAUGUCAAUUUACCAAAGCUUCAAGCAGAUGGAAAGGCAACAAAAUCUCCAAGACAUCAGAAUAAAAAGAAAGAACAGACUUCAGAAGAAGAUAAAAAGUUUGAACCUUAUAUAAAUAAAGAAGAAGUAGACUUAGGUUUAAAUAAUGAAAAAUUUGUUGAAGGUUUUUUAAGAAUCAACCCAAAGCAGUUUCAACAUGCAUAUCUUUCAAGUACUGAUCGCAGUGAACAAGAUAUUCUCAUUGAAGGAUUAAAAAAUCGUAAUCGAGCACUGGAAGGUGAUUUUGUUGUUGUUCAAUUACUAGAAGAUACUGAUGCACAGGCAGAUGAUGGAGAAGAACUUCAAAAGAAAGGUAAAGUUGUCUUCAUAAAAGAAAAAAUCCAUAGAAGAACUUGUAUAGGCCAUUUGAAAUUAAUGGCUGAUAAAAACAGGCAGAAAGCUCUGUUUGUACCUCGAGACCAUAGGGUGCCUAGAUUAAAUAUACCAUUUACUAGCUGGCCUGAUAAUUUCUACAAAGAUCAUAAAAUAUAUGAAAACACUUUGUUUCUAGCACAAAUUGUAGAUUGGUCAGAUACAAGAUUUGCUUUAGGAAAAAUCCUGUGUAACAUUGGACAAUCAGGUGAUAUGGUGUCAGAAACUAAGGCAAUACUUGCUCAAAAUGAUUUGGAUAUUACCCCUUUUGGGCCUGAAAUUAGACACUUAUUUCCUCGCCUUGAUUAUGUGAUACCUGAGGAAGAACUCAAGAUUAGAGAAGACUGCCGUUCCCUUUGUGUAUUUAGCAUUGAUCCUUUAAACUGUCGUGAUAUUGAUGAUGCUGUUUCAUGUCGCCAGCUUGAAAAUGGCAAUUAUGAAAUUGGAGUUCACAUUUCUGAUGUAGCACAUUUUUUAACAGAAAAUACUAUUUUAGAUGAAAAAGUAGCAAUGAAGGCUACCACAAUUUACUUAGUAGAAAGGGCAUACCAUAUGUUACCAGAUGAGUUGUGCAUGCUUUGUUCUCUAUUUCCUGGCAUUGAUAAGCUUGCUUUUUCUGUAUUUUGGGAGAUUACUGAAGAUGCGCAAGUGUUGAGUCACCGGUUUUCUAAAACUGUUAUUCAUUCAUGUUGCCAGUUAGCAUAUGACCACGCACAAGCUAUCUUAGAAGACAAUGAUUACUCUAAAGAAACAUUUCCUGAAACAUACAAUGGAUUCCAAUAUGAUGAUAUUUAUAAGUCUAUCAAGAUAUUAGGUAAAAUUGCAUCAAUUCUAAGAAAAGAUAGAUUUGAAAGUGGAGCCUUAAGGAUUGAUCAGCCGAAAGUUGCCUUUCAUUUGAAUGCUACAAAUGGGCUUCCAGAAUCAUUUUGUAUUUAUGAUAGUAAGGAAAGUCAUCAGCUUAUUGAAGAAUUUAUGUUGCUUGCAAACAUGACAGUUGCAAGACGUAUUAAGGAAGAUCACCCAGAACUAGCUUUUUUGAGAUGUCACCCACCACCCAGUCUUUAUAUGUUGAAGCAGUUAGCUAAAGCACUGAAGCCAAUGGGCAUUGACUUGGAGAUAACAUCGGCUGGCAAGCUUCACAGAUCAUUAUUGCCUUAUGUUGGUCCAGACUGCACUGAUAAAGGUAGAGCCAUGGUUUUGAAUAUGUUAUGUGCGAAACCUAUGACAAGAGCAAAGUAUUUUUGUGCAUAUGGAUGUGAAGAUGACGAUUUCCACCAUUAUGCACUUAAUGUUCCCUUGUAUACUCAUUUCACAAGUCCAAUAAGAAGAUAUGCAGAUAUAAUGGUUCACAGGUUACUGGCAGCUAGCUUGAAAUAUAGAGAAGUGCCUACAUGGAAAGUGGAUAAAGUUCGCAUGAUAGCAGCACAAUGCAACAAGCAGAAAUAUAACGCAAAGAAAGCUGGUGAAAUGUCUACUGAGUUAUACACACUAAAGUAUAUUGAAAUGAAUUCACCAUACACUACCGAAGCUGUAGUAGUUGAUAUAAGAGAAAAAUAUAUUGAUGUUAUUGUUAUAGCAAUGGGUUUAAAUAGGAGGUUGUUUUUCAAUAAUGACUUUCCCGGUGAAUUCGAGUGCGUGAAAAAUGACGCUGGGACCAAAUUGUCGAAAAUGGAGUUAGUAUGGAAUAAAACAGAGAGUUCACCUAAAAUUAAACAAGUGAUAGAAGUGUUUUCUAUUUUAAAUGUUGAAUUAUAUAGAGAUGAUGACAUGGUUAAAGUAGAAAUCAAACUUGUGCGUCCUCAGUAAAUUAAUUACUGUUUAUGUAAUGUUUUUGUAAGAGUAUUUUAAGACAUUUCUGGGUUUGUGUUGAUGUAAAAAUUGUUAUUUAGGAAACCUUCAUUUAAUAAUAUAGCAUAAUUGAUUAAUUUUUGAUUUGUUGAUUGACGAAAGAAAUUGAUUUUUAUUUGUAUAAUAGGAUUUGAUCUUUGUAUUUUAUUUACACGUAUCAUCCUCUUAUAAAUACUUGCCAGUUUAUAUGAAUGGAUAUGAUGCCUUAAUUUUUGUAUUUAAUUUUCUUUUAUUGUAUGAAUUUUUUACCUGUUUAAAUAACAAGAUUGAGAAAAUUUUGACUAAUAUCAGAUUUUUUAAUUUAAAAAUGUUUCUUUAUAUUUAAUGACGCAAGGCUUUAAGCUUAUUUUUAUUAUAUUUAAAUUCUCUUUAUUUCAUCACCGAUUAUUGUUGGUAUGAUAAAAAUAUGCUAAGCCAUCAGGUGAAUAUGGACAUACCAAUUAAUUAUACUUGUACAAUAUAUAAAAUAAUGAGCAUAAAUUACACCUAAAACUGUUGCAAUGUUUGUAAAGAAAUGUUAAUUUUAUGACAUGCAUGUUUUGAUUUUUAAUUAUGACAUACUUUUAAUAUUAACUGGACUUUUUCCACCAUUGACUGUAGUGGUCCAUUUUGACCCAAGUACACCAAGUACAAGUAGCGUAUAAAUAGUUUAUUAAGGUGAAAAGCUCAAUCAAGGUACGCCCCAAUGGCGAAUAAAUGCGUGAAG